CGUGACGCGGCGCCGGUGAAAGUCGUCCGGAUUGACCGUCGGUCCGUCCACGGCUGGAGCGGCAGUAGCGAGCCCGGCUCUCGCGCACCGGUGUCCGGCCUGCCAGGCCACCUGCAGCCGCGGAGCGCGGCUCUCCACACGGCCCGGACUCCGCUCCUCCCCGCGGGGAUGAGAGCAACUCUGACACCCAGCCACGGUCACGAAGCCCGCGGGACGCGGCGAAGAAGCAGCCCGGACUCGUGAAGCCCAGAGCCGAGUCGAGCCAGCGGACGCGCCUGUGACGGAAGCGGAGCCACUUGUGUCCAAUGUCACCAGCAAGGAGACGCGGCUGAAGCACCUGCUCCUGCCGGAGCCUCGGUCGUCGGCUUCGAGCUAGCGCCUAGCUGCGGCAUGAACCGGACGGACCUCCGCGCCCCGCCGCAGCCAGGCUGUUGAGGUGCCGCCGGACGCUGGUGCCCGUGGGAGAGACGCGGCGGCGGCCCCUGGAGGAUGUGAAGAUGGGGGUCGUGUUCGGGCUCCUGUGGCUCUUCACCGGUUACCUGCACGGCGCGCGCGGGCAAGGCGUCUACGCGCCCCCUACUGUCCGCAUCGUCCACUCUGGCCAGACGUGCACCGUGGAGGAGGAGCGCUACAGCGAGCGGGUCUACACCAUCAGGGAGGGGGAGACGCUGGAGCUGCAGUGUCUGGUGACCGGGCACCCGCGACCCCAGAUUCGCUGGAGUAAAACUGCCGGCGCCGCCUCUGACUCCACGCCGUCCAACGAGACGCUGAGGAUCCAGAACAUCAACCGCCACCAGGGGGGGCGCUACUAUUGCAAGGCCGACAACGGACUGGGGUCUCCUGCGAUCCGCUCCAUCCGGGUGGAUGUCUACUACCUGGACCAGCCGGUCAUCAUGGUGCACCAGAGUGUCGGGGAGAUGAAGGAGCAGUUCUACUUCGAGAGGACGGUCUUCCUGCGCUGCGUGGCCCAGUCCAACCCGCCGGUGCUGUACACGUGGAGGCGCGGCCGUGAGCUGCUCUCCCAGGGCUCGGACACGGGCGUGGAGAUCUACGAACCCUUCUUCACCCAGGGUGAGACCAAGAUUCUGAAGCUGAAGAACCUCCGGCCUCAAGACUACGCCAACUACACCUGCAUUUCCUCGGUGAGGAACGUGUGCAGCAUCAGGGACAGGAGCGCUCACUUCAGUCUGAGCAACAGGACGGCUCCUCCGGCCAUCAAGCUCCUGCUGGACGACCCGGUGGUGGUGAACCCUGGGGAGACAGUGGUCCUGGUUUGCGUGGCCUCAGCAGGAGACCCUGCCCCCACCUUGUCUUGGUCAAGGCUGGGAGGGGAGGAGCUCCCGAAGAGGAGCGUGGUGAAGGGCGGGACCUUGACCAUCCCUGCCGUCACCAUGGAUGACGGCGGCGCCUACAGCUGCAUGGCCUCCAACAACGUGGGGAACCCGGCCAAGAAGUCCACCACGGUGCUGGUCCGAGGCCUGCGCAGAGGUCGCUUCUGGAUCACCCCCGACCCGUAUCACAAUGACGACAACAUCCAGAUCGGUCGAGAGGUGAAGAUCAGCUGUCAGGUGGAGGCCACGCCCCCCGAGGAGCUGCACUUCGGCUGGCUGAAGAACGGACGUCCGCUCAAGAGCUCGGAGCGGAUGGUCAUCACGCACACGGACACGGAGGCCACGCCCGGCACCACCAACCUGGACAUCAUCGACCUCAAGUUCACCGACUUCGGCACCUACACCUGCGUGGCCUCGCUGAGGAACGGAGGAACCCCUGAGAUCAGCAUCGACGUCAACAUCUCCUCCACCACAGUUCCACCGGAGCUGAGCGUCCCCAGGGGGCGCUCUCACCUCAUCGUGCAGGAGGGGGACACGGUGGACCUGCAGUGCCUGGUGUCUGGGAAGCCCAAGCCCAUCAUCCUCUGGGCCCGGCUGGAGGAGAGCGGCGUGGCGGCGGCCCCUCCCCCGCCCAUGCCGGACGGCGGCGAGACGACCGAGAGUUCUGACGGAAUUCUGCGGAUCAACAACGUGACGAGGGAGAUGAGCGGAACCUACCGCUGCUUCACCAGCCAGUACAACGGCUUCAACGUGAAGCCCAGGGAGGCGCAGAUCGUGCUGGCGGUCCAGUUCCCCCCCACAGUGGAGCCGGUCCGCACCGAGAUCCGCCAGGCUCUGGGCCGAGCCUUCAGCCUCAGCUGCCGGCUGCUGCACGCCCACCCGGCCCGGCUGCUCAGGUACGAGUGGAAGCUGGGCUCCCGGCUGCUGACCGUGGGCCAGUUCAGCGAGCAGCGUGACGACACCAGCUACCAGGUGCGGGCGCUGAACCGCGAGGGCUACGGCGAGUACACCUGCGACAUCACCAACGAGGCGGGGGCGGGCCGCUGCAGCUUCCUGGUCACAGGCAAGGCGUACCCCCCCGAGUUCUACUACGACACCCGCGGCGCCCUGUGGCAGAACCGCCCGCUGGUCUAUGGCUUCAGGCUGCAGUGGACCCAGAUGGAACCCAACGCCGUGGACCGGAUCCUGGCCUACCGGCUCGGCAUCAGACAGAUGAGCCAGUCCCGCUGGUGGGAACAGGAGAUCGCCAUGGAGGGAACCAUCCAGAAGGGGGAGCUGUUGACUUACAACCUGACGGAGCUGGUGCAGCCAGAGUCCUACCUGGUCCGCCUCACGCCCAUCACCCGCUACGGCGAAGGCGACUGGACCGAGCGCGUGGUCAGCUACAGCGCUCCAGUCAACUCUCACCUGAGAGAGUUCCAGUGUGGCUUCCAGGACGAGUCGCUGUGCCUGUUCACUCAGGACAAGACGGACGACUUCGACUGGACUCGGCACAGCGCCGCUUCGCGAGACACCAAGUACACAGCCAACACGGGGCCCAGCGUGGACCGGACCGGGUCCAAACAGGGCUUCUACGUCUACAUCGAGACGUCGCGCCCGCGGCUAGAGGGCGACCGAGCCCGGCUGCUGUCGCCCACCUUCCCGCCCGCGGCUGCCGGCGCCACCUACUGCUUCUCCUUCUUCUACCACAUGUACGGGAAGCACAUCGGAGCGCUGAACGUGUUCCUGCGCCAGAAGAGUCAGCCGCCGGAGGACGACGCCGUCUGGAGUCUGGCUGGUAACCAGGGCGACCGCUGGAGGCAGGCCAAGGUCAACAUCCAGCCCAACUCCUCCUUCCAGAUGGUGAUGGAGGGGGUCCGGGGCGGCGGGAUCGAGGGAGACAUCGCCAUCGAUGAUGUCACCAUAGAAGAGGGCCAGUGUAAAGACCCGCUCCCUAACAACCCGCCCUCGCUCGCCCCGCCUGCCUCGCCACAUAUAUGCCAGCUGUCUGUCAUGCUCAGCCUGGCUCUGAUUGGCUGGCUCAGGUGACCCACGUAUUUUCCCCCCGGAGCUGGUCAUGUGACUUCUCAGCCCCGCCCCCUCACUGCUGCAGACUUCCUGGACAGUAAACAGGAAGUGACUGGACAUGCACGUCACUUUCAGGGUGGAUUUCCUCUACGGUUGCCGUGACAACAAAGUGCCUUGUGAGAUCACUGGGCCGAAAAUCUGCCAUCGUCAUGGCAACCGACCUGCAGCACGAGGAAUGAGAGGAGAUUUUUCAAAAUAAGAGGCUUCCUGUCAGACACGGAACUAUUUUAGUAUUUUCAAAACCAGUUUUAAGAAACAAAUCCCGUCAAUGACGGUUCGCCGUCCACUGAAGAACUGAAGCACAAUUCCAGCGCUGAGGUCACGUGACCGACCACCGAUCAGGACGGACCAGCCGAUGCUUCUCUUUCUGCACUUUUCGUUCUCUACCUGCCUCAGCGCCCCCUGCUGGAACUGUGUUGUAACAUUUCAGUUGAAAUUAAAGGACGAAGGUCAUGUGCGGUCAUGUGCAUUCCUGAGGUCAGCUGACGUCGUGACCUUCGUUCCUGAGUCACCAGCCAGAA